CACGUGGCAAUCACUUCCAAUGAACGAUUCUCCUUGUUUCUCCCAAAGUCCCAUCACAAAAACCCUUUCUCCAAGAUUCUUCUCACUAAAGAAGAUUCUCGAAAACCAUUGAAGCAAAGAAGAUAUGCUUACUUCAUCUUCUUCCUCCUCAUCAUGUGAAUUUUUUUCUUCAAAUCCACCUCCGUUGCUCCGUAAUGCCUUCUCUAGCUUCACCGUUCCCAUGGGAUUGAAAUUGAGUAGGAGAUUGGCUGGAGUUCGAGUUGUCUCGUCCCGUAAGGUUAAGGAUCGUUCUACACUUAAGGUCUCUUGUCGUCGUGCACACGAACGUGUGGUUGAGGAAGAAGCAUCUACAAUGACUGAGACUAGAGAACCCUUUAAGGUUUCUUCUGGUGAAGCUUCUCCUCUUGGUGUGUCUCAAGUAGACAAGGGAAUCAAUUUUGCUUUGUUUUCUCAGAAUGCUACUUCUGUAACACUUUGCUUAUCACUUCCUCAGAGUGAUAAGGAUGAUGAUGGUAUGAUUGAGUUGGUUUUGGAUCCCAGUGUGAAUAAGACUGGGGAUACUUGGCAUAUUUGUGUUGAGGAUUUGCCUCUCAGAAAUGUUCUUUAUGGUUACCGUGUUGAUGGUCCUGGAGAAUGGAAUCAAGGGCAUCGGUUUGACCGUAGUGUUUUGCUUUUGGAUCCUUAUGCUAAGCUAGUUAAAGGCCGUAGCUCUUUUGGAGAUAGUAGCCAAAAGUUUGCUCAAUUUUAUGGAACUUAUGACUUUGAGAGCUCGCCGUUUAACUGGGGAGAUGACUACAAGUUCCCUAAUAUACCUGAGAAGGAUCUUGUUAUUUAUGAAAUGAAUGUUCGUGCUUUUACUGCUGAUGGAUCCAGUGGGGUUGAUCCAAAUAUAGGGGGCAGUUACCUUGGUCUCGUUGAGAAGAUCCCACACCUUCAAGAUCUGGGUAUAAACGCAGUGGAGUUAUUGCCAGUGUUUGAGUUCGAUGAACUGGAGCUUCAGAGGCGCCCUAACCCUAGAGAUCACAUGGUUAACACAUGGGGUUACUCGACAGUUAACUUUUUCGCUCCAAUGAGCCGUUAUGCUAGUGGUGAGGGAGACCCUAUUAAAGCAUCAAAAGAGUUUAAAGAAAUGGUCAAAGCCUUACAUUCUGCUGGUAUUGAGGUCAUUUUAGACGUAGUUUAUAAUCAUACCAAUGAAGCAGAUGACAAAUACCCUUAUACCACUUCAUUUCGUGGUAUAGACAACAAGGUCUAUUACAUGCUUGAUCCAGGCAACCAACUGCUUAACUUUUCUGGCUGUGGGAAUACACUGAACUGUAACCAUCCUGUUGUUAUGGAACUAAUACUAGAUAGCCUAAGGCACUGGGUCACUGAAUAUCACGUCGAUGGUUUCCGAUUUGAUCUUGCUAGUGUGCUUUGCCGAGCAACAGAUGGAUCUCCACUCAGUACUCCUCCACUGAUAAGGGCAAUUGCCAAGGAUUCCAUUCUGUCAAGAUGUAAAAUAAUUGCAGAGCCUUGGGAUUGUGGAGGAUUAUAUCUAGUUGGGAAGUUUCCAAGUUGGGAUAGGUGGGCUGAGUGGAAUGGGAUGUACCGGGAUGAUGUUAGAAGAUUUAUCAAGGGUGACAGUGGCAUGAAAGGAAGCUUUGCCACUCGGGUUUCAGGAUCUUCCGAUCUUUACCAAGUUCACCAGCGGAAGCCUUACCACGGUGUAAAUUUUGUGAUUGCACAUGAUGGUUUCACAUUGCGAGAUCUUGUAUCGUACAACUUUAAGCACAAUGAGGCCAAUGGAGAAGGAGGAAAUGAUGGAUGUAAUGACAAUCAUAGCUGGAACUGUGGUUUUGAAGGGGAAACUGGUGAUGCCCACAUCAAGUCUUUACGUACUCGGCAAAUGAAGAACUUCCAUUUAGCUUUGAUGAUUUCUCAGGGAACACCAAUGAUGCUAAUGGGAGAUGAAUAUGGACAUACCAGGUAUGGUAAUAACAAUAGCUAUGGACAUGAUACCGCUCUCAACAAUUUUCAGUGGAACGAGCUCGAAGCCAAGAAGCAGAACCAUUUUAGGUUUUUCUCGGAGGUGAUAAAGUUUCGACAUUCACACCAUAUACUCAAGCAUGAAAAUUUCCUCACACAGGGCGAGAUUACAUGGCAUGAAGAUAAUUGGGACAACACUGAGAGCAAGUUCCUAGCUUUCACUCUCCAUGACGGUGUAGGUGGCCGUGACAUUUAUCUGGCAUUCAACGCCCACGAUUACUUUGUCAAGGCUCUGAUUCCACAUCCACGACAGGGAAAACAAUGGUUCCGUGUGGCUGACACGAACCUCGAGUCACCGGAUGAUUUUGUGAGCGAAGGUGUGCCCGGCGUGGCUGAUACAUACAAUGUUGCCCCAUUCUCUUCAAUCCUUCUCCAGUCCAAGUAAAGAUGAGCACUCACACAAGCAGCUUCAAGUCUUCAACAUAAUAACACACGGUAGAGUAAAAAUAAGGUCUAUGAAUUAUGAGGAAAAGAUCCACUACUAUAUGAGUGUCUUGUAAAACUUGAUUACAUGUAAAAUUAUAAAAUGUACGAAAUUAUAUACCAUUUAGUUGUGUUUGGAUAUGAAAUAUAUAUAGAGUAAUAAAUAUUAAUGUAAUUUUAGUUAA